CCAGCCGCCAAUUAAAAAUAAUAAGAAGAAGAAUGUACAGUUGAUGUUUCAGCUUCCAGUCGCCGGGCAUCUUUAAGCUCCAACUUUAGCUAACUUCAAUAUAGUUUGACAGCGGAGUUGAACAAGUCAGAGACAUGUCUUCAGCACAGACAUUUUCAGACCCAAACCAACACAAGCGCGUAUCAGCUAAAUCCAAUCCUGGAUUCCUGGAGCGAUUAAGUGAAACUGCAGGAGGAACAGUUUUUGGUAUCGGACUGUUUUUCCUCUCGAUCUAUCUACUCUUCACCAAUGAGGGACGGGCUCUGCAAACAGCACGUUCCCUGGAUGAGGGUCUUUCUCUGGUUGUGCCGUUGGGGCCAUACCCCAGUCUCGACCCACAGAACAACAACCGUUUAGUUCAUCUGUCUGCACAGCUGCGCACCUCACAGCCCCUCCAUGACCCCAACUACAGAGUGGUGGUGCAGGCGGUGAAGCUGCAGAGGCAGGUGGAGAUGUAUCAGUGGGUGGAGUACCGGGAGAGCAAAGACUACCAAGAGAACGGUGAGACCAAGACUGAAACGACAUACAACUACAACACUGAGUGGAAAUCAGAGUUGGUCAACAGUCGUCAUUUUGAUAAAGAAAUUGGUCACCAGAACCCAAGUGCCAUGGCGGUUGAGAGUGUGACGGUCGUGGCUCCUGACACCACUGUUGGACCUUUCAGUCUGUCUAAAGGUCUGGUGGAGCAGAUCAAUAACUUCCAGACGUUGAGUCUGAGGGCUUUUGCCAAUAAUUUCGACCCUUUUCUCAGCAUUGAUGAUGAUUAUUUCUAUCACACACAAAACCCACGCAGGCCGGAGGUUGGGGAUGUGCGUGUGAGAUUCUCCUUCGCUGGACUGAGUGGUGAGACGUCUCCCUUCGGCCCGGCACAAACAGUCAGCAUUGUGGCCAUGCAGAGAGGGGAGCAGCUGAUGCCUUUUAAAACCAAGUCAGGAGACACUCUGGAGAUCCUGUACCUGGAGGAGCUCACGGCAGAGGAGGUAUUUGCAAAAGAACACCAGUCCAACAGUAUGAAGACUUGGGGGCUCAGGGCUGCAGGCUGGGCCCUCAUGUUCCUCAGUAUCCAGCUGACCAUGCGCAUCAUCUACACACUGGUGGAUUGGGUUCCUGUUCUCAGAGAGCUCGUGUCUGUGGGGCUGAAGAUCUUCGCUCUGUGCGUCUCCUGCUCUCUGUCCCUCCUCACCAUCGGAGCAGGUUGGCUUUUUUACCGACCAUUAGUGGCUGCGGCUCUGGGAGCACUAGCUCUUCUUCCAGUGUUCCUCGCUCGCACAAGACUUCCAGCCAAAAAGAACGAGUGACUACUUAACCAAUAACUUCUGAUGCUUCGCUGUAGCUGUCCAACAGAGAAACGAGACAGUAUGUGCAGCCAGUUUGUCCACAGAAUGUGUUUUGUUCAGUACAGUAAAAGCUACAGUAAAAACACAAUAUUUUUUUAGUUGUAGUGACAUAAUUUUAUCACCUUGGAGGUAUUUAUGGAUAAGGAAUUGACACAUCAACCAACCACUGCUGACACAAGAGGAAGCUGUUGUUGUUGCCUUUAGACCACAACUGUUAUCAGAUGUGGCCUUUGAGAAGUUCAUCCACCUAUGAAAAUCCUAUGAUGAUAUUUUGUGGAUCACAAUGAGUAAUCGAAGAUAAAUGCAGUCUGAUUUUGAAUGUAAAUACAACUUGCCAAAGGCUCAGUUGCCAGUUUAUUAUGCACACCUCACCAAGACUAAUGCAGUCUAAUACAAAAUCACAAUUAUACCUUCAUAAAGGUUAUUAUGUUCAGUUGUUUGAAUUGUUUGAGUGGGGUUGAUUUAACUUCUUGGUCAUUUUGGGAGGCUUAAGUUUGUGGUACUGUUGAACUCUAUUGUUAUACUGAGAGGUGAUUAUAAUAUUUUGUCUGGACUCAUUAAUGUAAAUGGAGUGGACAAACUAAACAAAAACUCAUUAUAACUUUCUUGUUAAUUAGACUGCAUUUAGUUUUUUAGGUGCAUCCAAUAAACUUGCAAGUGUUUACUUACAAUUCAUGUUCAUAUCUUUUUUUUCUUAUCUGCAAUACUUGAGGAAAUGUUUAGCAUUUUUUAUAAUGUAACAUUGCUAAUAUAAUCUGGGAUUUGUUGAUGAAUUGAUCCUGAACAGAAUGACUUGAACAUUUUUGAAUAAUAUUCUCAGUUUUCAUGUGGAAAGUCUGUGGGACAAAGACAGCUUUGUUGGGACAAAAAACAUUCUUUGUAAAAUACCAAAAAUCUGCAAUUUUGUUGUAAUUGUUUAUAUGCAUGCAUGUUAAAUAAAGCACUUAUUGUUUUGU